AUGACUUAUGUCGAAGAUCUUCCGUCGGAGAGAGGCAGGAAUGCAAUUCUAGGUGCGGACUUUCUUAGUCAACACAACCUGCUGGUUGACUUACACCACCGUCGUCUCAUCGACGGGACAACAAAGCUCAAAACCAACGGAAGUCUAACCUAUUGCCGGACCCCAUCGCUGUCUGCCAUCAAUAAUAACAGUCCACACAAGGACCUGUUACAAGAAUUCAGCAGCGUCACUUGCCCAACGAAGGCGCAGGAGCCCAAACAUCCAGUGCAGCAUCACAUCAUUACUCAAGGCCCGCCUGUAGCCGAAAGAGCUCGCCGUCUUUCUUCUGUCCGUGCCAAAGCAGCACGUGCCGAGUUCGAGAAUUUGAUCGCCGAAAGAAUCUGCGAGCCAUCAUCCAGUCCGUGGGCCAGCCCACUUCAUAUGGUGCGAAAAAAAAACGGCGGAUGGAGGCCAUGCGGCGACUAUCGCCAGCUAAACAAACAACAACCUCCGACAAUUCAAACGAAUGACUUUCGGUUUGUGCAAUGCUGCGCAAACAUUCCAGAGGCUAAUGGAUACUGUCCUACGAGGAUUAGACUACGCUUUCUACGCUUCUACGCUGUUACAUCUCGAUGA